AUGGAGAGCGAGUUCGAUGACAUCAACAACGACAGGCUGUCGGAAGACAUGUACAGCCAGCAAGACGUGGAAAGCAUUCUAGAUGGCUUGAGGGGCUGCGUGAUCACAAACCUUCGUCAGGAGGUAGGAGCGGUGGCAAACAUGAGCGCCCUCUUGAUGAAGCAGAUGCUCGAGGAUGCUGAGCAACAGGCAGCAUCGCUGGCGUUCGACACCAGCACUGUUGAGGAUCAAGCCCUGUUGGAGGAGGUGGAGCGGAUGCGUGUAGACGGAGCGUUCCGUCGCCAAAGUGGCCAGGCCUCUCGCCUGGUCAGCAUAAAGGACGAGCACGCCAGACUGGCAGAGGAGACUCAGACCAUGCAGGCACAGAACGAGGCUCUCCAGGCGCGUGUGGCCGGGCUUCAGCAAGACUGUGCGAUCUUGUUGAGGGAAAGAGACGAAGAGAAAGCCGAGGCCGCAAAUCUCCGACGCAAGCUCAGGUUCAAGGCUCCGGACAAGAGCGAAACGCCCCCCAAGGAGGUGUCGGGGGACAAGGGGGCCGCGGAUGUGGAAGCCGCACGCCAGGAGAUAUCCGCGCUUCAGGCUUUAAAUGAAAGACGACUGAACGAGUCUCCGCAGUUCCAGGAGCUCAAGAAACUUGUCUCCUCCAAGAGUAAACAGGUGGUGUCCUUAAGGAGAAGGCUUUUGCGGUACGAGCCAGACGAUGGCGAUGACGCCAAGCAAGUAGAGGAAGCCGAUAACGUGGUCGCCGAGGGCAAAGAUUGA